ACCUUUUUGGGCCAACCAAACCAAAUGUAUAGGUCCAGUAACAGGCCUGUUUAGUUUAUAACUAAAGACACGUGUCAAAAUAUUACGGGCUUAUGACUUAAACACGUGUCAAGAUCUCCAUGGGUCUCUGUCGCCGUUGACAACAAAGUGCUUAAGGUAACCUAACACGGAGGUGGCGGCAAGAUUUGGUCUGAAAAAACACCAACGAACACUUUUGAUUCGAGAUUCGAAGAUACUCAUAAUGGUGGUCAACGAAAAGGUCAAACUCGCAAUCACCGUAGCCUCUCUUGUGGCGGCGACGAUUCUACUCGCGGCGGAGUAUCGGCGGCGGAGGAGGAGGAAACAGACAUCUUCUCCGAGCUCGUGUUAUCUCCAUUCCGACAUGAAGCCGCAGUUCGGCUUCAAACGCGUCCUUGCGGACAACUCUUACUCUGGAUUCAAACACUUGAAGAAGAAGAAGCUCGAGGAUGGAGGAGAGAAGCCUUCAAACUCUCAUCCGUACGAAAGUGAGAUCACUGUGUUGUUAGAGAGUCCUCGUCUUGAUGAGUUUGAGUUCUUGAGGGGAGAGUAUUCACUGGAGAUGAGUGGUUCAUACGUGUGGGUUGAGACUGAGUCUGAGUUGAAGAAGCUUGCGGAAACAUUGGCGAAAGAGAAAGUUUUUGCGGUUGAUACAGAGCAGCAUAGUUUGAGAUCGUUUCUUGGUUUCACUGCUUUGAUUCAGAUUUCUACGCAAGAGGAGGAUUUUUUGGUGGAUACUAUUGCGUUACAUGAUGUGAUGAGUAUACUUCGUCCUGUUUUUUCCAAUCCUGAUAUUUGUAAGGUGUUUCAUGGAGCCGACAACGAUGUUAUCUGGCUUCAAAGAGACUUCCACAUAUAUGUUGUUAAUAUGUUUGAUACUGCCAAGGCAUGUGAGGUGUUGGCAAAGCCUCAAAGGUCACUGGCAUAUUUACUUGAGUCAGUUUGUGGAGUGUCUACUAACAAAUUGCUGCAACGUGAAGACUGGAGACAGCGUCCUCUGUCAGAAGAGAUGGUGCGUUAUGCCAGAACAGAUGCACACUAUCUACUCUACAUUGCCGAUAGUAUGACUGCUGAGCUCAAACAACUAGGCAUUGAAGAUUCAUCUAGCACCGAUGACAAAUUCAGUUUUCUUCUCGAGGCUAGUAGACGCUCAAACAUGAUCUGUUUACAACUCUACACUAAAGAGACCGAAGAUUUUCCCGGGAAUGCAGCUGCUUCCUCGUUAAUUUAUCGUCAUUUAAACGGCCAUGAAGACAACUCUUCCAUCUCCUUGGAUCCAAAGUUCCAGGAGCUUGUAAGAGAACUUUGCGCAUGGAGAGACUUAAUGGCACGGAUUCACGAUGAAAGCACACGGUAUGUCUUGUCUGACCAAGCCGUCAUCGCUCUUGCUUCUAACCAGCCAACUACACCUGAGCAAAUACAUGAUUCUAUAUCUCAAGCUGACUCGGCUUCAGAGUCGGCUGUUAUAACUAGUCAUCUGGAUGACGUUCAUCAACUGACUCAACACAAGUUAGGCAAGCUUGACGUUAUCUUACCACUAGUCCUCGACAAAUGCUUGGGAACAGAAGGAACAUGCCCCAUCUCCGUCUUCAACUACUCGCUCUUGAUCAACUUCAACACAAAGCUAACCACAAACCGCUCUACCCCCAAGAGACGCAAUAACCUCAAGAGGUUCACACGGAAGACAUCAAGAGACCUCUUCGUCAAGAAAUUCUCCUGCAAGGCUCCUGUUUACCACAACUGCAGAAUCUACGCCAACGACGGGCGGUUACUAUGCUACUGCGAUAGAAGAAAGCUAGAAUGGUACAUGAGCCGUGGUCUUGCCAAACUAGUUGAAGAAGAUCCCCUCGCGAUAAUGCUUCUGUUCGAACCAAAGGGGCGUCCUGAAGACGAAGGGAAUGAUUUUUACAUCCAGAGCAAGAAGAACAUUUGCGUUGGGUGUGGCGAAGGGGAUCACUAUCUUCGUUACAGGAUAAUACCUUCUUGCUAUAGAGUUCAUUUCCCUGAGCAUUUGAAGAGUCACAGGUCUCAUGAUAUAGUUCUGCUUUGUGUGGAUUGUCAUGAGGUCGCGCACGCUGCUGCCGAGAGGUAUAAGAAAGAAGUGGCUAAGGAGUUUGGGAUCCCUCUCUUUGUUCGUAGAGUGCUUGAUUCGGUGGAGUGUGAAUCAUCAGCAGGUGGUGACAGUGAAGAUGCAGGUGUGUCUCCGUUGCAUCUUAGAACAGCUGCGAUGGCGCUGUUGAGGCAUGGGAAUAGGAUGCCAUCUAGUCGCCGUGAGGAGUUGUUGCAGACUGUGAAGAUGUAUUACGGUGGAAGAGAGAUAUCUGAAGAAGAUUUGGAAAAGGCUUUGCUUAUUGGGAUGAGUCCUCACGAGAGAAGAAAACUCGAAAGGAAGAAAGGUGUCACUGUCUCUGUCAAACAAGAAAACAGUAACAAUGGUUCGGUAGAAGAACAUAGUGAGGAAGCUCCUCCUGGAGGUGAUAUGAAUGGAGAGAGUAGCGUGGUUGGUGAUGAUAGUGGAGGAGAUGGAGCUCCGGAGCUGAAUGAUACUCAAUGUAAUGGAAACAUAUUGCACCAGCAGAACUCGAAGCUCUCUUUGUUGGGACAUGGACCGCACGGGAAACAGGUUGUAGAGUAUCUUUUGAAGGAGUAUGGAGAGGAUGGUGUUCGAGAUUUCUGUCAGAGAUGGAGGAAAGUGUUUGUUGAUGCUCUUCAUCCUCGCCAUUUGCCUGGUGGGUGGGAUGUUACUCACAGUGGACGAAGAGACUUUGGCGAGUUCAGCGUUUAUAAUCCAACAAAGAAAGUCUCCACCGGAAAUGAGCUCUAAAAAGUCUGGUGCAUGGAAGAUUAAAAGUUAAGUUGGAGUUCUCGGUAGCAGCCUAAGAAUCUUGUGUCAAACACUGAGAACUGUGAUCAAUGCCGUUGCAGAUAAUUUUUUUUAAUUAAAAUGGCACCCAUGUGAACUGUGUUCUGAUCAAUGCCGUUACAUAUUAAGGCUAUAGUUUUUUUAAUGCAUUUUUAACAUAAGUCAAAACAAGUUCUAAAGUAAAGUAGCUGCAUUAAAAACAAAGGUAUGAUGGAAUAGGCUUUGUGGAAAGCAUGUACACAUUUAUCCGAAAUUAAAGAAUCCAGCUAAACUGAACUGAAAAGUAAGUUCAGUUCAAUUUUGGAUCCUAUUAAUUAUCCGAUCGAAUCUUAUAUCUCUAAAACCAAAAUAGUAAAAUCAAACGGGAACAAAUCAAAAACCGAAUAAGUAUCCGAAUUUCGAUGUUACACAUAAAUAUUAAUUAUAUAAUUUUCAAAUAAAUAAAUAUUUUAAAAAUUCUUUUUAUAAACCAAAUUAUUCAAAAGAAAACAAUCACCCGAAUACAUUUCAUCAAAAAUCCUUUUAUGUAAUAUUUUUUUAUGUAAACUCAUGUAAGCCAAAAUCCCUUGAACACUAUAUUAAUUGAAGAACAUUACAACAUUGUUUUGUAGCCACGUGUCACCAUGAGAAUGAAAUUUAGAAUUCUUAAAUAAAUAGGUUGGUCCAUAUUAUACUUUUUAUUAAACUAACUACUAAAUUGAUAAAUAGUGUACAAAAAAAUAUUCUCGCAUUUUCUUUAAAUAAACGCCACAGAAUUGCCUUAUAUAGUUAAUGCAUAUAUGACAAUUAAUGAUUAUGAAUAAUAAAUAUUUGAUAAUAGUUUUUGUAUUUUAGCUCUUUUUUAUUUAAUUUUAUAUUAUUGAAAUAUUUUAAACAAUCAUAUUGACCAUAUAAUUAAAAACAAUUUCUUAUAUGUUAUAUUUUGAGUUUUUAAAACAGCUAUAAAUUAAUAAAAACGUUAAAUGUCUCACACUAAAAUUUUGUGAUCAAUGAUUUAACUUUUUUGUAAUAAAAAAAUACAAAUGAUCAUAAAUCGUAUGAAUAUGAAGUCUCAUUUACUAGACAUUCGUAUUAUAUAUUAUUAUAGUUUAAAAUUAAACUAUAUAACAUAGAAAAAUACUUAAAUAUGAUAAUUUCUAAAGUUUUAUUGAAAAUGUAUUGAAACCUUGAUAUUUUAAUUUUGAAAUUUGCAUUCAAAAAAUUGCACAUUAGAAUUUUUUGUUUAUCACAUGAGUAUGAAUUUUCAAUAAUAAAUAUUUAUAUUAAAAUAUACUAUAUAUAUAUGUCUAUGUCAUUGAAAUUUAGUUAUAUAACAUAUAAAAUAAAUAAAAUGAAUAUUUUGAUUUAUCUACUAAAAAAUAUCGUAAAUAAACAAGAUGUAUUGUUUUGAUUUAUGUGUUUAAUCUAAUUUAUUUAUAUACAUAAUACUUAAAUGAAUAUAAAUAAAUAAUAAUAGAUAAAAAAAUUUAUAUAUAACAUUCAUUCCGCGCAAUUGCGCGGGUCUUAAGCUAGUUGAUAAAUUAAUUUAAAUCUCCAUCUAUUUUUACAGCUCAAUUGCCAUAAUUAUCUUAAAAGCAUUUUUUUUUUUGAGAAUUUUCACAAAUUUAAGUGUUUUAUUAUAUAUAAAAUUAUAUUAUAUAUGAAAAUGUUAUUUUAUACAUAAAUUAUUGUAUUGUAUGUGUAUAUCUUCUUGAGUACUUUUCAAUUUUUUUUGGCUUUAUCAAUAACUUGCUAAGCUCGAGUAAACCGGAGGUGUGAAAAAAAAGAAGAAGAGAGUUUGCAUUAUAUUUGUAACGAUGAAUCAUAAAAUUAAAAAAAAAAGUUUAAAGUCCAAUAUACCCUUAAGAAAUGAAAUUUAUAUGCUUUAUCGAUACAUGCCCAAUUAAUGUGGGCUUUAGCAUGCAUAAUACGAAAACGGAGAGAUUAAUUUCCCAAAAAAAAGGAACUCUUUUGGCCCAAUAAAAAGUAAUACCAACUCUUCGGAAUCUACUCAAUUGUCUCUUCCUCCAAUAAAAAGUAAUACGAAAUUCUUUGGAAACAUACACCAAGUGCAUGCAGAAUGUGAAAUUAAUAUCUUCUUCCAUUUCUCUAAUUAUUAACCUUUACUUUAACCAAUCAUGCAGACACACUCCAUUUUCUCGUGUUGUAUAAGAACAGAGAUAAACUACACUUCUCACUCUCAGAUAAUCAUUACUCAAGUGUCUCCGCCAUGAAGCCGCAGCGGCAGAACGUCCGGGAGGGUGGUCUAACCAUUUCUCUACGCGUAAUGCGAUCGAUGAUCAAACUUCAUCAAAAUUCAUUGCUGCUUCCUGAUGAUCUCAUUUUAGAGAUAUUCUCAAGAUUGCCCUCGAAGUUCAUAGCGAGAUGCCGUUGCUUAUCCAAGCUAUGGGCGUCAACGCUUCGAGAUCAAGGUUUCACAGAGUUAUUCUUGAACAGAUCUUGCGCUCGCCCUCAGCCUCUAUUCACCUUCCAAAAUGACAGUGAUGUUGAAUUUUUCUCUUCCGGAUUUUGAGAUUGAGGCGACGAGAAAAAGACAACCUUACUGUCAUCUUGGAAGGUGAAUAGAAGUUGAGGGCAAGCGCAAGAUCUGAUCAAGAACAACUCUGUGAAACCUUGACCUCGAAGCGUUUACGCCCAUAGCUUGGAUAAGCAACGGCAUCUCGCUAUGAACUUCGAGGGCAAUCUUGAGAAUAUCUCUAAAAUGAGAUCAUCAGGAAGCAGCAAUGAAUUUUGAUGAAGUUUGGUCAUCGAUCGCAUUACGCGUAGAGAAAUGGUUAGACCACCCUCCCGGACGUUCUGCCGCUGCGGCUUCAUGGCGGAGACACUUGAGUAAUGAUUAUCUGAGACUGAGAAUUGAAGUUUAUUUCUGUUCUUAUACAACACGAGAAAACGGAGUGUGUCUGCAUGAUUGGUUAAAGUAAAGGUUAAUAAUUAGAGAAAUGGAAGAAGAUAUUAAUUUCACUUUCUGCAUGCAAUGCUUAGUGUAUGUUUCCAAAGAAUUUUUUUUUUAACACUGAAAGUUUCAUUCAUCAUUAAGGGAAAAACCCAAUCAAGGACGAAGCCUCAACCAAAGUACGUGGAGUACAGGCUCGGGGACAAAAUGAGACCCUAAAAGCCAAAAAUAAAAAUAAAAUCAACUACCAAUAGGUAGUAUUACAGCAACGUACUUUGUGUAUGUUUAGUGUAUGUUUCCAAAGAAUUUCGUGUUGUAUUUUCUUGGAGGAAGUGACAGUUGAGUAGAUUCCGAAGAGUUGGUAUUACUUUUUAUUGGAUCACGAGAGUUCGUUUUGUUUUGGAAAUUAAACUCUCCGUUUUCGUAUUAUUAUGCAUGCUAAAGCCAACAUUAAUUGGGCAUGUAUUAUAAUUGUUAUAAUUUGGAUUUGUUAUAUUAACCGAAGUCAAAACAAGUUGUAGAAGUAAAGCGGCUGCAUAAAAGAAAACACGAAGAGUUCGUGCAUGGGCUUUAACGUGCAUAAUCUCUAAUUCUUGAUUUUCUUUCUUUAAAGACUUUCAAAACCAAUACGAACUCUCCCUCCAAGAAAUAAACACACAAAGAGUUCGAUACGAACUCAAGUCUUUCCAGAACGAUAACGAACUCUACUCAAGAGUCUCCGCCAUGCAACCACCGCGGCAGAACGUCUCGAAGGGCGGCGAACUAACCAAUUAUCGAGGCGUUACACGAUCGAUGACCAGACGUCAUCGGAACUCAUUGCCGGUACCUGACGACCUCGCUAUGGAGAUAUUCUCGAGGCUGCCGCCGAAGGCGGUGGCGAGAUGUCGUUGCGCAUGCAAGCUCUGGUCCUCCAUGCUUCGCCGUCAAGAUUUCACAGAGCUUUUCUUGACCAAAUCUUGCGCUCGCCCUCAGCUCCUUUUCGCCAGGGAAGAUCGCAGCGUCAGUAAGUAUAUCUUCAUCUCGUCACCUCAGCCUGAAAAUCCCCAAGAGAACUCGUACGUUGUAGCCGCCAAUCAUCUUGCGCGUUUCCCACGUUCCAAUGGAUUCUAUGGUUGUACUUGUACCAGUGGCUUCUUCUGUUAUGGAGAUGACCGGAACCUUAAGGGGCUGCAAAGACCAGUGCAUGUUCCGGUGAUAUGUAACCCCAGCACGGGACAGUCCUUGACCAUGCCCAGAUUAAUCUCGAAAAAGAGGUAUGGAGUGCAAAGCUAUCUUGGAUAUGAGCCGAUAGAGAAAGAACUCAAGUUAUUGUCGAUGAACAACUCGCUUGUAAGUGAUGAGUGGAUCUCUGUGGAGCACCAAGUUCUGACAUUAGGAACCAAGAAACUGUCAUGGAGGUUGGUCGAGUGUUGCAUCCCACAUCGUUCUUCAAGUAAGUGGAUAUGCAUCAGUGGUGUUCUUUACUACGCAGCUACUGCAGCUGGAUCUUCCGAGAAUUCUAUGGUCGUUUGUUUUGAUUUGAGGUCCGAGAAGUUCAGCUCUGUCAAGUUCGGUAAAGCAAUGCCUGAUUCAACGACUCUGGUAAACUACGAUGGGAAACUAGGUUUGCUUAUGUCUGGAGAUUCUCAUGAUGUUAGUGGAGCAAGAACAAGUUUUGAGCUGUGGGUUGUACGAGACGCUGCAAAGCACGAGUGGUUCAAUCACAUAUACGUAUUACCACCUUCCUGGGAGGAUGUGGUUUCAGAGACCAUGUACAUUGCUGGAAUGAUUGGUACAAAUGAAAUCGUCUUCUCCCCGAGCUACCAAAGAGUGCCUUACUAUGUCAUCUACUUCAACGUGGAGAGAAAGACCAUCACAAAAGUUGGAAUCCAAGGACUAGAAGCGUUUCAUGGUGGGAGUUUCCACACCUAUCUUAACUACGUUCAGAAUGUGAAGCUUCUUUAAGCAUUUUAUAAGUGAGAGACAAGUGUAGUUUUCAUUUUGUGUGUUUCGUUUUCUUCUAGCAUCUUAGUUUGAAAAGGUCCACCUGUUGUGGAUGAUAUAGGUAAUCUUCUUGUUACAGACUCUUUACAAAUGUAUAUACUAAUCCAAAACAGAGAGUUUAGAAUGUGA